AUGGCAGGAUUUGUACGGAAAUGUCCCUGUCUUAAACCACAGAUAGAAGAUGAUGUAACAGUAUUAGAUUAUAGACAUUGUAGUCUAGCUGAUGUACCUGGUGAAGUUUUUAAUUUUGAGAGAACUCUGGAAGAACUAUUAACAGAUUCUAAUCAGAUUAGAGAUUUACCAAGGGAACUAUUUUAUUGUCAUGGUAUUAGAAAGUUAAGUAUUAGUGACAAUGAGAUUAUAAAUAUACCACCAGCUAUCUGCAGUCUCAAUAACCUUGAAGAACUCAACUUCAGUAAAAAUGGUGUAAUAGAUGUACCUGAAACUAUAAAACAAUGUAAAUUAUUAUCUGUGAUAGAUGCUAGUGUUAAUCCACUUGGCAAACUUCCUGAUGGUUUUACUCAGUUACAGAAUUUAACCCAACUAUAUUUAAAUGAUACCUUCUUAGAUUAUCUACCUGGUAGUUUUGGCAGACUGACCAAAUUAAAAAUUUUUGAAAUAAGAGAAAAUCAUUUGAAGACUCUACCUCAGUCAUUUAGUAGAUUGAUAGAAAUAGAGAGAUUAGAUAUUGGUAAUAAUGAAUUUACAGAGUUGCCAAAAUGUAUAGGAAGUUUAGUGAAAUUAUCUGAGUUAUGGUGUGAUAGUAAUCAGAUUAAAGAUAUACCACAGUCCAUUGGGAAUUUGAAGGAAUUGAUGUUCUUAGAUGCAUCUAAAAAUAGAAUAAAGACCAUUCCAGAUGAAAUUGAAGGAUGUAGUUCAUUAGCUGAUUUACAUUUAACAUGUAAUAGAUUAGAGGAAUUACCAGAAACAUUAGGCAAUUUAAGUAAUUUAACAACAUUUAAAAUUGAUGACAACCAUUUAACAAGUCUACCUAAAUCUCUAGGAGGGUUAACAUCACUAUCAGAACUCAAUGUUAGUACUAAUGAUUUAGAAGCAUUACCACCUACUAUUGGUUUUCUUAGAAAUCUUAGAACAUUUUAUGCUGAUGAGAAUCUUUUAGAAAUUCUGCCAUCUGAGCUUGGUAGUUGUAAUGGAUUAACAGUUUUAUCACUACGUAGUAACAAGUUGACCUAUAUACCAGAUGAAUUGGGUCGAAUACCAAAAUUACGAGUCUUGAAUCUGAGUGAUAACUUUCUCAAAUAUUUACCAUUUUCUGUGGUGAAAUUAAAAAAUCUUCAAGCAUUAUGGUUGACAGAAAAUCAGACAAAACCGUUAAUAAGUUUACAGUCAGAAUAUGAUGAAGAAAGUGAACGUAAAAUAUUAACAUGUUAUUUAUUACCUCAGCAACCAUCAAACUAUACAGCUGAUGAAAAAGAUGGUGACACAGAUAGUUUUCAUCCUUCUAUAUGGGAGGAAGAGAGGGGACGUAGACAGAAAAUACAGUUUGAAUUUGGUGAAGAUAUCAAUGAUAAUGUAAGUUGUGUUUGUAUUAUUGGUUGCACCAAGUUCAAUAUCACCAAGUUAUUGUUCUAA